AUGAGAAAACAACCGACAAAAACCGCACGACCUGGGCCACCUGAGCGAAUUGUAUAUCCUUCAUUUUCUUCUACACAAGAUGAUCCACUUCCCCCGUAUACGUCGGAAUCACAUGCAUACUUCGGACCAUCAGAGAAGAUAAGCCAGAUCGACCCAAAUAAUGCCGAAAUACCAGCACCCCUGGCUGACCCGACCCUUCCAACCGAAAUAAACUUCAUCACACCACCAAAUGCCACAAAACUCAGUUGUCAAGAAGAGCAGCUACGCCGGUAUUUAAUCGAAAUCGUAGCCUAUGCUCUCGACGCCAACUUCGACGAACUGAACACAGCCCCAUACAAAGAAUCCAUCACAUACCACACCAACACUAUAUUAUCACCAGCCGAGCGCGGAGAGCUUCUCCAUCUUUCGCGCCUCAUCCAGGAACUAUGCGAGAAAGCACGCAGCAACCAAGCCAACACCAUGAAACGAACCGACAUGAUGCAAGUCUACACUGCCGUUUCAUAUCCAGCCAUGUGGAUAGGUUUGGGCGAAGGCGCAUUAGACCUCAUUUCCUCUUAUGCCGACUACGCUGAAGAUGUCGAUGCUGAGAAAGUUCGACGGAGCAAAACGCUCGCACACUGGGCAUGCAAUCAAAUCGGACGAAUGGCGAGCGCGACAUGA